AUCAUGGCAUUCCUGUCCAUUUCUUUUUAAGAAUGAGUCAGCUGGAUGUAUCAUUAACAGAGGUUUCAUUAGAUGCACUUCUAUAUUUAGUUGGUGAAUUUGAUUUAGCUGGCCCUUAUGCUGUACGACGGUUGGUAAUAUUUCCAAACAGCUGCAAGCUAGAAAAUUGUACGGAUCUUACUGUUACUUGUCAGUUUCCUAAAAACCAAACUGUGGUUCUUUCUCAGGGGCAGUUAUCUUCUUUUUUAUUGAGGUUUGCAUCGUCGCCUGAAGUGCUCCCUUUAAAUGAACGUUUUGUAUCUAUUUCUCUUUCUGAUAAUGAUGGAUUUUCAACUUCACCAAUCUCCAUUUCGCUUUCAAAUGCUUGCCUUUUUGCAUGGAGAACACAAAUACUUUCAUCUAAAGAUUCAAGAAUAUUUCCUGGACCCUUUGUUGUGGUUGAGGUUUUGCCAAAUAAUGAGGAAGGCUUGUCGAUAAUUAUUUCCCCAUUGCUUCGAAUACACAAUGAAAGCAAAUUCUGUAUGGAAUUGCGUUUCCAUCGACCAGAAGAAGCCAAAACAGAAUCUGCAUCUAUUUUGCUUGAGGAUGGGGAUUCAAUUGAUGCUUCAAGGGCUGCGUUUGAUGCAUUGGAUUGUUAUGGUGGUUCUAAGAGGACAUUAAUGUCUUUAUGUCUUGGGAAUUUCUUGCUUUCUUUGAGACCUCAAAUCACUGAUUGCACUGAAAAUAGUGAAGAAAACAUUUCUUUGCUCUGGUCUGAAGAAAUUAGAGGAGGAAGAGCAUUGCGUAUCUCUGGAAUAUUUGAUAAGCUAAAUUAUAGAUUCAGAAAGGCUUUAGGUGCUAGAUCUUCAAAAUCUUUCUUUAGUACAUUAUCUUGUCCUAUUACCAUGGAAGACCGGCACAUUUCUGAUCUGCAUUUUCUAAUACGUACCAUUGGAAGAGAUGUGCCAUUAAUGCAGCCUCAAAAUCUUGGAGAUCAAAAUCAGGCUCGUUCUUCACCAGCUGCUAUGCAUGUGCAAAAUGAAAUUUUCAUAUAUCCCACAGUUCAAGUCUAUAAUUUCUUGCAGUCUGAGAUAUCUGUCCUUUUAUCCGAUGAUUAUCCAGAUAUGUCUAUGUUGGAGAAUUUUGCCAAUUUUGGUAGGCAGGCUACCAUACCAUGUCAGUCGAGUGCAUAUUUCUAUGCAAAUCCAGCUAAUAUAUAUUUCAGAAUCACCUUAAAUGCAUUUAGCUCUACCUGCAGGCCCGUUAAUAGUGGUGCCUGGGUUAAGAAGUUGGAAAAAAGGCGGAAUGAUGUCCACUUUAUCGACAUAGAUUUAGAUUUUGCUGGUGGUGCAUAUUUUGCAGUCUUACGAUUGUCAUGUUCAGAUACGGGACUGUUGGAGGCAACUAUUUUUACAACAUACACACUUCAAAAUAGUUCCGAGCUUACUUUGUUUUGCUCUACUUCGAGCCAGAAACUUAGUCCAAGGGUGCAAAGUGAAACUGAAAUGCACUCGUCUGACAUUCCUCCUGAAUCGGGCUGUCUUUUACCCCCUAAGUCUAUGAAAUCAUGGUUUUUGAAGUCGAACAAGAUUUAUAUUAAAUGGUUGGAAGAGAGAACAACUACAAAAUUGAAAUUGCUUGAUCUAGAUAUUUUGACUGGCUUGACAGAGCUUUCACUGGAAGUUGUCGAUAGUGUUGGUAGUAAAGUUGCUAAGUUGGGGGUUUCACUCCAGCCUUGUGUCCAUAAAGUUUCUGUCCCGGCUCAACUGGUUUCCUUUGUAUCAAGAUUUAUAAUAGCAAAUGAAUCAAAGGAGUCUAUUGUGGUUCGACAAUGCUAUAUACAGGAUGAAUCCACUGGAGAUACAAUUGUGGAAACUAGGCAGAGAGUUUCACUGCAUUUAAGGAACAAUGCAAGCAAAAGAAGGGAAAGUAGUCUUUUUGAUUCUGUGUUUUCGAGACACGCUGAUAGGAAUGAGAAUAACCAAAUCUUUGUCCAAUUCUGCAUAAAAGAUGUUGGAUGUUCUAGUCAUAGCUGGUCAGGACCUAUUUGCAUUGCUUCAUUUGGUCGAUUUUUCUUGAAGUUCAAGGGGCGUUCUGUGAAUUAUUGUAGAUCAGCAAAUCUAAUUGAUUGUCAAGAAAACAAGCUAACACAGUAUGCUGUGGCCCAUAUUGUAGAAGAAUGUUCUAGUUUAAUCUUGUACUUCUAUAUGCCACCAGAUAUACCACUACCAUACCGGAUCGAUAAUCUUUUGCAAGGGGCAUCUAUAAAGUAUUAUCAAAAGGAUUUAGCUGAAUCAGAGAUCUUACCAUCUGGAGCCUCUGCAGAAUAUGCUUGGGAUGAUUUGAGUUUACCCCAUAAGCUAAUUGUUGAAAUUCUUGAUUUUAAUUUAAUGCGUGAAAUCAACAUCGACAAGGUUUGUAAAUGGAAGUCAUUCUUUAAGACGAGGCAACAUAAAAGGAUGCUACUGCGUUUGCCACUGAAUGAACAAUCAGAAAAUGAUAAGGGAACUAAUAAGGAGCCAUAUGGAAUAGAUAUCUUCAAAUUGGGCUUUGAAGUUUAUGCAGAUGGUUCAACCCGGGUUUUACGUUUUUGUGAGUCCACUAAAGGAGUGGAACAAACUGUUGCUCCGCCUUCUGCAAAUUUUCAACUCAGGCUUUCAUCCUUCGCAGUACACUUUCUUAAAAAUAAUAAACAGAGGGAAGAUGCUGGCUCAAAUGAUCUUCUAAAUUAUGCAACCAUUAUUGUGGCUAGGUUUGGAAAUGUUACUGUCGAUUCACUGACUAUCAAUCAUUGCAAAUAUAAUUAUUUGAAAGUUCAGUCAUUUUCUGUGGAUGAGAAAUGGCAUGGAGCCCCGUUUGCAUCAAUGGUGCGCAGAAGCCAACUACAUGAUUCUGGGAUGAAUAUGAACAUUCUUCAGAUAACAUUCAAUCUACAGUUGACCAACUCCAAAGUUAAGCAAGUUAAAUUUUUUUCUAUCAUUAUUCAGCCAAUUGAUGUGAAAAUUGAUGAGGAGACACUAAUGAAGCUUGUUCCAUUUUGGAGAUCCUCAAAUAGUAACUCUGAAGUGCCAAGUCGGCAGUUUUACUUUAAGCACUUUGAGAUUCAUCCAGUUAAGAUAACAGCAUCCUUUCUUCCUGGGAAUCAAUAUCCUGGUUAUAGCUCAGCUGAAGAAACGUUGAGGUCAUUUUUGCAUACUAUUCUAAAGGUGCCUUCGAUUAAAAAUGUUGUUUUGGAGCUAAAUGGAGUUUUACUUACCCAUGCUCUUGUAACUUCUCGUGAACUUCUCAUUAAAUGUGCACAACAUUAUUCGUGGUACCUGAUAAGAGCAAUAUACAUCACAAAAGGAAGCUCUUUACUUCCUCCAGCAUUUGCUUCGAUCUUUGAUGACACCGCAGCUUCUUCUCUUGAUGUAUUUUUUGACCCUUCAGAUGGUUCAAUUAGUUUACCUGGACUUACCGUAGGCAUGUUUAAGAUUAUUCACAAAUGUGUCAGUGCCAAGGGAUUCCAGGGGACAAAACGCUAUAUUGGGGAUCUUGGAAAAACAAUGAAAACUGCAGGUUCAAAUGUUCUUUUUGCUACUGUCACAGAAAUAUCAGACAAUGUUCUCAGAGGUGCUGAAACGAAUGGCUUCAAGGGUCUGGUUUCUGGUUUCCACCAAGGAAUUCUUAGACUAGCGAUGGAGCCUUCCUUGUUGGGAGCAGCUGUUAUGGAAGGUGGUCCAGAUAGGAGAAUCAAACUUGAUCGUAGUCCUGGUGUUGAUGAGCUAUAUGUCGAAGGGUAUUUGCAGGCUAUGUUGGAUGUGAUGUACAAACUAGAAUACCUUCGUGUGAGGGUUAUUGAUAAUGAGGUUCUGCUGAAAAACCUACCACCAAAUAGUUCCGUCAUCAAUGAAAUUAUGGAAAAUGUAAAGAGCUUUCUGGUUAGCAAGGCUUUGUUGAAGGGAAACGCCUCAACAUUUUCUAGCCCUCUGCGCCAUCUACGAAGUGAAAACGAUUGGAAGCUCGUUCCGACAGUGCUGACGCUCGGCGAGCAUCUCUUCGUUAGUUUCGCCAUUCGCAUGCUGCGGAAUCAAGCCAACAGGUUCAUAGCUGGCAUCAAAUGGAGAGGAGGAGAAGAGGCCAAAACUGAAGGUGAGAUAGCCCCAGAUGGGAAAGAGCUAAUGACUGGUAGGACAUGGGCUGUUGGUAGGUUCUUCCUCUCUGGCAUGAUUGCUUAUGUGGAUGGGAGGUUGUGUCGCCACAUACCCCAUCCAUUAGCAAGACGAAUUGUGAGCGGAUUCAUGCUCAGUUUUCUUGAUAGAAAUGAUGGGCAGUGAAUUUGUUCAAGUUGAAACUACUCUUCUACGGUGAUUACAUUACUCUCAAUGUACAAUAAUAGAUUUAAUUUUUAGCGGUAUUAUUUAGGGUGUAAUAUAUUAUGUAUAUAUAUUAUUUAAUGUUUGUUUUUUUUUUUUAAGGGACAUU